AACUCUAUAACUGCGAGAGAGGCAUCGAACGCCGAGGCCGUAGCCGGAGUUCUCCUCGCCGUCCGAUUCCCAAACCGGAGUAGCGGUGUCGUCGCCAUGGCCGGAAGAGGGAAGGCGAUCGGCUCCGCCGCAGCGAAGAAGUCCAUGUCGAGGAGCAGCAAGGCGGGGCUUCAGUUCCCUGUCGGUAGGAUCGCCCGCUUCCUCAAGGCCGGCAAGUACGCUGAGCGCGUCGGCGCUGGCGCCCCCGUCUACCUCGCAGCCGUCCUCGAGUACCUCGCCGCCGAGGUUUUGGAGCUCGCUGGGAACGCGGCGAGGGACAACAAGAAGACCAGGAUCGUCCCCAGGCACAUCCAGCUCGCGGUGAGGAACGACGAGGAGCUGUCCAAGCUACUGGGGGAGGUCACCAUUGCGAGCGGCGGUGUGAUGCCCAACAUCCACAACCUCCUCCUCCCCAAGAAGGCCGGCUCUGGCUCCUCCAAGGCUGCACCUGGAGACGAUGACAACUGAUAGCUCAGACCUUCCCCCUCCCACUCUUUGGAGAUUAGCGUGCAUAGGUUGUGAACUCUUUUAGAUCCCAAUGUGUGAUUUUUUUGGCCUACCUUUAGAUUUGUCUCACUUAAAGUUGCUGAAAUCAAGUAAUGACAAAGUGGGAUUUGAAGUCA